AACAAGGCAACAACAAAAACUCUUCUUCCUUCUCACUCUCUCUUUCUCUCUCUUUUCUUACCACUGUUUCAUGCAAAACCAUUUCUAGGGUUUUCAGUUUUCGCCAUUCGCUCUUUCAAUUCUCGUGCUCCAACACCUCCUCGCCAUGGCAUUUCCGACUAAGAAGCUCAUCAACGACCCCAAUGAUGUUGUGACGGAAUACAUUGAAGGUCUUGUGGAGACGUAUCCUGGACUACAGUAUUUAGAUGGAUUUCCUCUGGUGAAGGUUGUGUUACGUGCUGAUGUCUCAUGUGCAACAUAUGACAAAGUUGCAGUGAUAUCAGGGGGAGGAAGUGGUCAUGAGCCUGCACAUGCUGGAUUUGUGGGAGAAGGAAUGCUGACAGCAGCCAUAUGUGGAGAUAUCUUUGCCUCUCCACCUGUUGAUUCAAUUCUAGCUGGGAUACGAGCUGUAACUGGUCCUGAGGGAUGUCUCCUAAUUGUAAAGAACUAUACUGGUGAUCGUUUGAACUUCGGUUUGGCUGCUGAGCAAGCAAAAUCUGAGGGUUAUAAAGUAGAGACUGUUAUUGUUGGGGAUGAUUGUGCACUACCUCCACCUCGAGGGAUUGCUGGAAGAAGAGGAUUAGCAGGGACUGUUCUGGUUCACAAGGUUGCGGGAGCUGCUGCUGCUGGUGGUCUUUCUCUCGCUGAUGUUGCUGCAGAAGCUAAACAUGCAUCUGAAAUGGUGGGGACAAUGGGUGUUGCUUUGACUGUUUGCACACUUCCUGGUCAGGUUACAUCAGAUCGAUUGGGACCAGGAAAGAUGGAGCUGGGUCUUGGAAUUCAUGGAGAACCUGGUGCAGCAGUGGCCGAUCUUCAGCCUGUAGAUGUGCUGGUUUCUCAUGUUCUGCAGCAAAUAUUGUCCACAGAAACAAACUAUGUUCCAAUAACUCGAGGCGAAAGAGUGGUCCUAAUGGUCAAUGGGUUAGGUGGCACUCCUAUAAUGGAACUAAUGAUUGCAGCUGGAAAAGCAGUUCCAAAAUUACAGCUAGAGCAUGGACUGGCUGUUGAUAGAGUUUAUACAGGGUCAUUUAUGACUUCUCUUGAUAUGGCAGGUUUCUCAAUUUCUAUCAUGAAGGCUGAUCCAUUAGUACUUCAACGAUUAGACGCUGUGACUAAAGCUCCUUAUUGGCCUGUUGCAGCUGAUGGUAAUCACCCACCAGCUAAGAUUCCUGUUCCAAUUCCACCAUCUCGAUCAACAAAGAGUGAUGAGCAACGAAGUCGGCCACUGCAACUAAAUGAGCAAGGCAAAAUUCUUGAGGUAGCCAUUGAAGCUGCCGCAAAUGCAAUUAUAGAUCUCAAGGACAAGCUGAAUGAAUGGGAUGGUAAAGUUGGUGAUGGUGACUGUGGAUCAACUAUGUAUAGAGGUGCAAAAGCAAUUCUUGAGGACAUCAAAAAUUACCCUCUAAAUGAUGCUGCAGAAACUCUAAGUGAAAUUGGAUCAUCAAUUGGAAGAGCUAUGGGAGGAACAAGUGGGAUCAUAUAUACAAUUUUUUUUAAGGCGGCUUAUUCACACCUGAAAGAAAGCUCCCAUUCUGGUGUCACAUCAAAACAAUGGGCUGAAGCACUUGCAGCUUCCAUUGCUGCUGUGAGUAAAUAUGGGGGAGCUAGUGCUGGUUAUAGAACAUUGUUAGAUGCCCUUAUUCCAGCAUGUUCAGUUCUUGAAGAGAAAUUAAAUUCUGGAUGUGAUCCUUGCACCGCUUUUAUUCUCUCCUCUGAAGCUGCAUUAGCUGGAGCUGAGUCAACCAUAAACAUGCAAGCACAGGCUGGACGUUCAACUUAUGUGUCUGGCGAGAUUCUUUCGACAGUUCCUGAUCCUGGUGCCAUGGCUGCAGCGACAUGGUACCAAGCUGCGGCCUUAGCUGUCGAGGCUAAACACAAGAGUUAAGCCACAUACAUGUAGCUCUUCAUGCGGAUGUCCUGUUUGUGCGGAUAUAGCCAAGUUUUGUUCCGAAAUUUGUACUCCUGUAACCAUUAGGCUCUCCGCUUAUGUCUUUUCUGCAUAAAGCUGAGAGAGCAAUUGCCAGUCACUUUUAUAUACGCCGAACUUUAAAGUGGAUGUAAAUUUGAAACCCGAUUACUACAGUGGACAAUAAUAUCCAUCUCAAUUUAAGCUUAUGAUUGUGAUUUUCGUGGUUGGUUUGUU